AUGCUGCGCCUGCUGGCAGAGGUGGGGGCCGACCUGGCCCUGCCGACUCGCGAAGGCUGCAAGACAGCGGCGCAGCUGGCGGAGGAGCGGCGGCACCCUGGGGCCGUGCAGCUGCUGAAGCAGCUGGGGCACCAGCGGGGCGGCAAGGUGCCCGCCAUGGCGGCUACCGGCGAUACGCGCAGUUGUGUGAGCAGCGCGCCGGCAUGCAGCCGCCCCAAGCAGAUUAAGAAAAGAGGCGGCCCGGGCGGCUGGGAUGCAGGUGGCAGCAACAAGGGCACGGCUGGCAGCACGGCUGCCCAGGCGGAGGCUCAGCCAGGGCAGGACGAGGGCGGCUCCCUGGAAGCUCUGGCAGAAGCACGGGCAGCGGUGGCAGCCGCACGGGCAGCCGCGACGCAGCAGCACGCCGCCCUGGAUGCAUCGGCGGCAGAGCCGAGAGCGCCACAGCUUGCGGCUGCACCUGGCACCGCGGGUAGCGACGGCGGCCAUAGGGAGUGCCGGCUUUGUAUGGAACCUGCUGCGCAGCUGGAGGCGCUGGUGCCCUGCGGCCACUGCAUCACCUGCCAGCCGUGCACCAAGAGGCUGCUGGCACAGCCAACGCAGAAGCGGGUCUGCCCCCUGUGCCGGGCCCAGAUAUCGGCAUCCGUGCCAGAUACCUUCAAGAUCUACCAUGGCUGA